UUGAACUGAAAUAGGCCCUAUAUCAUGGAACUAUUUUUUUAAAACUGAUUUUGUACCACCUACAUGUACAUGUAGUUGUAUACGUAACAUGGACACAUGUUCAUGUUCAAGAUAAUUGGGAGGAAAUUUUUUUCAACCUUUCGAAAAUAAAAAGUCUUCAUUUAUCUCGUUCUCAUUUAUCAUUUAUCUUGCUUCAUUAUCUCGUCCGCACAAGAUAAUCGGUGAAGAUUACUUUUGUUUUUCGAAAGGUUGAAAAAAACUUCCUCAAUUAUCUUGUGCGCACGGGAGAUAAAUGUACAUUUUUAUUUUGGAAGAUGUUGGGCCCAGAAAAAAUAAUUUUCUCUAGUCCCUUUACGGGCUCUGUAUCAAAAUAACAAGUGAACACUGAAUAUUUUUAUACACAAAGAUACAAGCCUACAGAACUUUUUUUUUAAAUGUCUGAUUUCGAACCACCUAAGAGUCUAAGAUGUAACAAGGACACUGUGUCCAUGUUUUGUCAACAUGUUUUUCAAGUUAAAAUUAUACAGUUAUGAUGGAAACUUCAAAAUAAAAAAUGAACAUUAGAUAUUUAUUUUAUACAGAAAGAGUUUCAUUUCUUCAGUGAUUUACAGAACUUUUUUAACUGUUUGAUUUUGUUCAAAUCGAGUUGCAGACAUAACAUGGACAUGAUGUCAUGUCUUGUCUACACACUUUGAUUAACACCCAACUUCAGUUAUUUCAAUUUAUUGACUUCAAUUUUCUUUCGACAUGUAAUUCAAAUACAGGGCCAAGUUGUUUUCAUUGAAGCAAGAAUUUUGUAUCAUGGGAUUUUAGGGUUUUAAUUUGAUUUUGUCUUUCAGUUAAAUCUCUUUCAAGAAUAAUAAAUGACCUACCGGUACUUAACCUGUGUUCAACCCCCACAAUUUUUUUAACAUGAGCUUUUUUAAUGUCUUUUAACAAGGACUUGAACUUGACGCGUAUGACUUGCGGUUCAGACUCUACAUCUGUAAUUCAGACUCAAAGUUUGCAACUCAAACACAAAUCUUGUUUGCACAUUUUAAACAUUUAUUUUGCCAUUUUUUUUCACUUCUUCCUAGGUGAUACAGUCAUGGGCCCACCAUCGCUUAGACUUAGGAUCAGACUGCCAUGCAGCAAGAUUGCAUCAAGUAAACAUGCUGCUGAAGCUGGAAAACAAGUGGCUGCUACAAAAAAAAACAAACGAGUAAAGCGUAAAGCACCAGCUACCAAAAAUGACAAAACAACAAAGCAGAGAGCACCAUCAGCUACAAAAGAAGCUACAGUACUGGCUACAAACAAAGCCAAAACAAGCAAAACACUAAGUUACUGACAGAAGCUCAAACUUGACAAACCUGAAUUGUACACGCAACUUUUGAAACAGGAUGCACUCAAUAAGAAAAUCACUAGAUUGAAUAUGACAGAUGAACAAAGGAAAGAUUCAAACAAGAAAUCCACUGAGCGAAUGGCAAAAAUGAGAGCAAGAAAAAAACAGACACAACUCGCAGCAAAGAUGUCAGCAGCUUCGAGGGGUAGACAUGAAGAGAAAUUAACAAGAGCACAGACAGCAAAGAAAGUAGCACAAAGAAAGUACUGGAAAGACUACAAAAAAACAUGGCGAGCUGAAUUGAGUGCUGAACGAAAGGAGGAGAUCAAGGCCCAAAGAAGAGAGAAAGCAAGAGAAGAAAGGGAGUUGCUGCUAAAAAUCCGAAGCCAGAUGCGUGAAGAUGAGGAGAAAAAAAAAAUCGAAGAACAGAAGAAAAAGGAUCUUGAGAAAAGAGAACGAGAAGAGUUGGAAAGAAUGAUAGCUGAAGAAUUUAACUCAACAGAAGGUUCCAGGCGUCCAGCAGCACCAAGAAGAAAAGCAUACUCUAGAGCCAAAGCUUCACUGUCAAAGAAUCCAAUUAUAUAUGCACAGACAGUUCAGGACUUGUACAAUAAAGCAUCAUCUAAGAAAAGGCAAACUCUGCAGUCACUUCCAUGUGAUCCAAGCACAGCUCACACUCUGUCAUCAAAUCUUGCUAAAACAGCUGUCAUUGUGUCGGAAAGUCUGAAGAAACAGCUAAACAAGUUAAAGAAUGCACACAAGGAACUGGAUAGAAGAAAGCGUCGGGAGCUUGCUGCCACUUUGGGAUGCCUUAAGAAAUAUAAACUUCAGCGACUAGGGUGCAGACUGUUUGGUGUUUCACCAAAACUUGCCAAGGAGACUACACAUGUGCCAAAGUACACAAAUGCAGCCACAUUGAUGCAAGAUACCAAAGACCUUGUUGUAAACUACUACAAACAAAACUCUGUGGAACUGCCUGACCAGAAGACAAUAAGCAAAAAAACACUACAGAAAACAAGAGUCCUGGAAAUGCCAAUCCCCAACCUCUACAAACAGUUCAAGAAUGAUCAUCCCAAUGAGAAGGUUGGGAAGUCAACAUUCUACAAGCUUCGCCCCAAGUACAUAAAAACUGUUGGGAGCAUCAAAUUCCGGGGUUGCUUAUGCGACUAUUGUGAAAAUGUGAAGCUUAAACUAAAAGCAGUGAAGUCAAAAAUGACUUUGGAAGAGUUAUCAAGCAUCACCUUGUGCCAGAAAGGAAAAGAUCAAAAAUAUAACAACAAGGCAUGCAUAGAAAGAAAGUGUCAGCACUGUGGGGUGACAAAGAUGAGGGAACACUUUGAGGGGUUAGAUACCAGGAAGGAAGUCGAGUGGUCCAAGUGGAUGAAGGUAAAGGAGGAAAAGAUAACUAAGAAAGGAAAGAUGUUGUUGACUAAAAAGGUACGUCAGCUACAGCAUGGUACUACUGCAGAGCUGCUCAAAGAACUUGAAAAAGAAUUACACACCAUACCAGAGCACCUGUUUUGCAAAUCAUGGCAGCAAAAUCAAUUUUCAAAGCUUACGUCACAGAAACUUCCCAAGGGCUGGUGUGUCAUGGUAUUAGAUUUUGCUGAAAAUUACGCAUGCAAAACUCAGGAUGAGGUGCAGGCUGCGCACUGGACCCAAGACCAGGUAACAGUCCAUCCGAUCAUCACCUACUACAACUGCAACAACCCCACUUGCACCAAGCCCAUCAUGCACUCUAUAGCAAUAAUCUCUGACGACCUGAAUCAUGAUUACCAUGCCGUUCAUGCAUUUACUUCAAUUGCAAUCAAGGAAGUCCGACAACGACAGCAAGAGUUAACCAAGGUGAUCCGCUUCUCUGAUGGGUGUAGUGCACAAUAUAAAUCAAAGGGCCCAUUCUAUGAAAUCAACUUUUAUCGGCCUUAGAAAAACGUUGGCAUUGGAUUAGUUCAAAAAAGAACACAAAGAUGAUUAAAAAAAAAAAUCGGUGAAUGUCUUUCUUUUUAUAAUUUACGUUUCUUCCUGGCAAAACCUAACCUACAUGUACAUGUAAUUCGGUAGACACCCCCCCCCCAAAUGCUUAUAAAACACCAAAAGUAAAAUUGCCUUUCACCCAAAAGGACAAAUGAGGCCUGUUAACUGUAUCUAGUGUUUUGUCAUCCACAACAGUUAAAUAGUGUUGGCUGAACAAUAGUUAACAAAUCAUUAAGUGUAGACGUAACAAGGACACCGUGUCCAACUUUAAUAUGUAACGUCUGCACUGCUUGGUUUCGAAUGAGAGAAUUUUAAUAUUAAGAUACACAGAGGAGUUUCAAUCACCACAUAGUUGUAAAGUGGGCUAAACUUGAUCAUUGUAAUACUUUUGCAUGACAUAUUUGCUUUAUGUGGCAUUGUUAGAAACAAAAACAUGAACAAAAUUAGUUUUGUAUUAAAAAUUAACCAAAUUACCAGAUUUAUUACUCCCCAUACUUACCUUUUCCUAUCGCCCAACUCAAAAAAGAUUACACCUGUGGAAAAACCUCAUCAAAUGGUAUUAUUUAGUUAGAAAGAAAGAAACAAAGCCAGAAAAAACAAGGUAAACAGCAGGGGGUGAUUGAUCAGAUUUCGUGUCCAUGUUACGUCUGCACUUUUUCUAUGAACCCUACUCUCCGUCAACUGCCAGUAUUAUUUCAGGAAUAAUUUUGCAAAAAAUUGUUUACAUUAAGAAACUUCAGUACUUUCCACUCA